CUUUCCCCCCCUUCCAGUCCGGACACUUUCACCCCCUUCCAGUCCGGACACUUUCCCCCCCUUCCUGUCCGGACACUUUCCCCCCCUUCCAGUCCGGACACUUUCACCCCCUUCCAGUCCGGACACUUUCACCCCCUUCCAGUCCGGACACUUUCCCCCCCCCUUCCAGUCCGGACACUUUCCCCCCCCUUCCAGUCCGGACACUUUCCCCCCCUUCCUGUCCGGACACUUCCCCCCCCUUCCUGUCCGAACACUUUCACCCCCUUCCUUCUGGACACUUUCACCCCCUUCCAGUCCGGACACUUUCCCCCCUUCCAGUCCGGACACUUUCACCCUCUGCCAGUCCGGACACUUUCACCCCCUUCC